AUGAUUGGUACCGAGAAGGUCGAUGACCAGGAGGGUCAGGUGUUUGCUGGGGAAGUUCAUGAUGAUCCUGGUCAUGCUCACGAUGCUGUUUUCGGAAGACUCACUAAUGACGGGCCAAAUUACCGCAACGUCGGUUGGGUGGGAACAGCAGGUCUGAUGAUGAAGACGCAGCUUGGCCUUGGAAUCUUGUCCAUCCCGUCUGUGUUUGACACGCUGGGCAUGAUACCCGGCCUCAUCUGCCUUUGCGUUAUCGCUGCAAUUACGACGUGGUCCGAUUACAUAGUUGGCACCUUUAAGCUGAGGCAUCGUGAAGUGUACGGUAUUGAUGAUGCGGGUGGCUUGAUGUUUGGCCGUGCUGGGCAGGAAAUCUUUGGCUUUGCUUUUGGUCUCUACUGGACGUUUGUGUGCGGAUCGGCAAUGCUGAGCGUAUCAAUUGGUUUCAAUGCCGUUUCGAACCACGGAACCUGUACCGCCGUCUUUGUCGCUGUUGCAGCUGUUACUGGCUUCAUCUUUGCCAGCAUCCGAACCCUCGGGAAACUAAGUUGGCUCGCCUGGCUAGGAUUGAUCUGCAUCAUCUCUUCAGUCUCAAACACAGUCAUCAUCCUCACAAUUGCCGUGGGUAUACAAGAUCGACCUGCAGCUGCACCAAAAGACGCAGUCUGGGUAUCCGAUUACAAACUCUUUAAAAACCCAAGCUUCACCAACGCCAUGUCUGCCAUCUGUGCAUUGAUCUUUGCUUAUGCAGGUACCCCAGCCUUUUUCAGCAUUGCUGCAGAAAUGAGGGAUCCUAGACACUAUACGAGAUCUCUGAUCUUGUGCCAGACAGUCAUUAGUGCCUGUUAUAUCGCGAUCGGCUGUGUGGUGUACUAUUUCUGUGGCUCGUAUGUUGCUUCGCCAGCGCUUGGGUCUGCAGGUGUCUUGAUCAAGAGAGUCAGUUAUGGAAUCGCAUUGCCUGGACUGAUAGUAACUACUAUGUUGACUUGCCAUCUGGCAAGUAAGCAUGUCUUUGUACGUGUCUUGCGAGGCUCCGAGCAUCUAGCGGCCAAUACCUUUACCCACUGGGCAUCUUGGAUAGGAUGUACUUUCGGCAUCACAAUCGUUGCAUAUGUGAUAGCCAGUGGAAUCCCAAUCUUCGGUGGGCUUGUUUCUCUUAUCGGGGCGUUGCUUGCCACGUCACUCUCAUUCCAGCCUAUGGGAUGUAUGUGGCUCUACGAUAACUGGAAGCGUGGAAAGCAAGAUCGCUCAAUCUCUUGGUCCGUCGGAGUGAUCUGGAGCCUCACCAUUAUCGUUUUGGGGAUCUUCUUGACCAUUGCUGGAACAUAUGCUUCCGUAGUCGACAUUAUAGCCUCAUACAAAGUAUCUGGAGGCUCAGCGGCGUGGUCCUGUGCUGACAACUCUGGCUCUUCGUAG